AUGGAGGACGCCAAGCCUGCCGAAGAGAUGAACGGUCUGCCGCCUGCCGAAAAAACAAACGACUAUGUUGAAUAUGAAGCAGAAAUGGACACCUCUGACGAAGAGGACAUCAGGAACACUGUUGGAAACAUACCAAUGAAUUGGUACGAUGAGUAUCCACACGUUGGUUAUGAUUGGGACGGUAAUAAAAUCAUUAAGCCCGAACGUGGAGAUCAGUUGGAUAAUUUUAUGGAAAAAAUGGAGAACCCUGAUUUCUGGCGUACGGUUAGAGACUUACAAACUGGACAAGAUGUCGUCUUAAGCGAUAAAGAUGUAGAAUUGAUCCAACGAAUAGAGUCUAGUAAAAUACCUGAUUCGACAUACGAGCAAUAUGCGCCAUGGAUUGAAUGGUUUACAUCAGAAGUGAUGAACAUGCCCAUUCGUAAUGGAGCUGAUCACAAACGGUCAUUUAUUGCUAGUCGACAGGAAGCUCAACGUGUUGAACGUUAUGCUAGAUUAAUAAGAGCAGGUCUUCUAAAAACUAGAGAACAAAAGCGAAGGGAACGCGAAAAGAAACGGGAACGCAGUUUCUAUAUGAUGUGGAGUACAGACGAUGCUGAAGAUCAACAUAUGAGGCGCAUUACUGAUCAUAUACCUGCACCAAAGAGAAAUUUACCAUCUCAUGCAGAGUCUUAUAAUCCUCCUCCUGAGUUCUUAUUCAACGAGCGAGAAAUGAGGAUAUGGAAAAAACAAGAAGAAACUCCUUGGAAGCGCAAGUUACAUUAUGUACCACAAAAGUAUUCUAGUCUUAGACAAGUUCCAGCAUAUCCCAAAUUUAUCAAGGAGAGAUUUACAAGAUGUAUGGAUUUGUAUUUGUGUCCUAGAGCUAGGAAAAUGAGAUUAACUAUUGAGCCAGAAGAUCUAUUGCCUAAAUUGCCAAGUCCUAAAGAUCUACAACCUUUCCCUACAAUUCAAUCGUUGGUAUUUAAUGGCCAUACUGAUAUGGUCCGUUGUAUAUCUAUUGAUCCACUUGGUCAAUAUUUGUUGUCUGGAUCUGAUGACAUGACCAUUAAAAUAUGGGAAAUUAGUACGGGCCGUUGUUUGAGGACUAUACCAGUUGGAGGUAUAGUGCGUAGUGUUGAAUGGAACCCAAACAAAGCUUUAUCAUUGGUAGCAGUUGUAGCUGAUCGCAAAUUAUUAAUCAUAAAUCCAGGUGUUGGCGAUCAUCUAAUAAUUUCCAAAACUGAUUCUAUUCUAUCCACACCACCUGUUCAAGCAACUCUUGUCUCUGAGAAGGUCAAAGCAGUUGUUCAAUGGGACGAUGCAACACCUGAAGAAUGGGAAAAUGGCAUUCGUCUUGUGUUGAAUCAUUUUAAAGAAAUAAAACAGGUGACGUGGCAUGGCCGGGGAGAUUAUGCUGCUACAGUUAUGCCUGAUGGGGCUAACCGAUCAGUUCUAAUUCAUCAAAUGUCUACUAGACGUUCACAAUUACCAUUUGCUAAAUCUAAAGGAUUGGUGCAAUCUGUUCUUUUCCACCCAAUUAGGCCAUUCUUAUUUGUUGCGACUCAAAAAAAUAUAAGAAUUUAUGAUUUGGUUAAACAAGAGUUAUUUAAAAAAUUAAUGAGUUACGCCAAAUGGAUUUCAUCAAUGGCUAUCCAUCCAGGUGGCGACAAUCUUAUUGUUGGAACCUAUGACAGAAAAAUGUUAUGGUUUGAUCUAGAUCUUUCCACCAAACCGUACAAAACUCUUAGAUUACAUUCAACAGCUGUACGUUCUGUUGCUUUCCAUAAACGUUAUCCUUUGUUUGCAUCCGGCUCUGAUGACCGAGCUUUGAUUGUUUCUCACGGAAUGGUGUAUAAUGAUUUGCUUCAAAAUCCAUUAGUUGUCCCAUUAAAAUUACUGAAGGAACAUGAGGAUUGCUCAGAUUUUGGUAUUUUUGGCGUGACAUUCCAUCCUACUGAACCAUGGGUGUUUAGUUGUGGAGCAGACAAAACUAUUAGGCUGUUUACGUGA